AUGAGCUCCGGUAAUGCUUCUCUGCAGCCCGGCGAGCAGACCUCGCUCCUCGGUCGUCGCUCUCUCUCCGGCUUAUCUCAUCACGAGCAUGAAGACCACGGGAGCCAUCAUCACCACCCCAAGGACACUCGCGCCUGGGUGAGCUGGCCAUUGCAUGUUGUACGCUUGACCUGGUUGACCUUGGUCCGUGAUUAUGUCAAUGUGCUUCUCAUCUUUGUGCCGCUGGGUAUCAUUGCUGGAGCUCUCAAAUGGGACUCCACGGCCAUUUUCGUCUUCAAUUUCCUCGCUAUCAUCCCUCUUGCUUCCCUUCUGAGCUUUGCUACUGAGGAGCUGGCAGCGACUAUGGGACAGGCCCUUGGUGGUCUCAUGAACGCUACCUUUGGAAAUGCGGUCGAGUUGAUUGUCAGCAUCAUCGCGCUUAAGGAUAACCAAAUUCGAGUCGUGCAAGCCAGUAUGCUGGGAAGUAUCCUUUCUAACAUCCUGCUGGUCUUGGGAUGUUGUUUCUUCGUCGGUGGCCUUCGAUUUCCCGAGCAAUCAUUUAACAGCACCGUGGCCUCCACCAUGUCUUCUUUGAUGGCCGUCGCAUCCGCCUCGCUGAUCAUUCCAGCCACUCUUUAUGCCGCGUUGGAUAAGUCCACACACGACGCCCAAGAUAACAUUCUCAUCUUGUCUCACGGCACUGCCAUUAUUCUCCUCAUCAUCUAUGUGAUGUACUUGUUCUUCCAACUGCGAUCCCACGCUCACCUCUUCGAAGAGACAAACGGUAGUGAUACUGAGAAUGCUGGUGGUGAGAAUGGGGAAGAGGAGGAGGAGGAGGAGCGUAUUCUCAGCCCCUGGGCCGCGACUGUUGCCCUCAUUGCUGUCACUAUCCUUGUUGCGAUCUGUGCAGACUACCUGGUCGGCAGCAUUGACAGCAUCGUGCAGAAGACUGGCAUUAGCAAGACUUUCAUUGGUCUGGUCCUCAUCCCCAUCGUUGGUAAUGCCGCAGAGCACGUCACCGCUGUUGUGGUUGCCUACAAGGAUAAGAUGGAUCUUGCCAUCGGUGUUGCCAUCGGCAGCAGCUUGCAAAUCGCCCUCUUUGUCACACCUUUCUUGGUCAUCCUUGGCUGGAUCAUGGGCAUUGAGAUGACACUGCACUUCCAGACCUUCGAGACUGUCGCUUUCUUCAUCUCUGGCCUGGUGGUUACCUUGCUGAUUCAGGAUGGAAAGUCAAACUACCUCGAGGGUGUCAUGUGCUUAGGAAUGUACACCAUUUUGGCCCUUGCAUUCUACGUCUACCCUGACGAUGUUUCCGAUACCCCCGCUAUGCUGGCCAACCUUUGGAACUAA